AUGAUCCGUCUGACUCGCCCAACCCUAGCUCGCCUCCCUAAACCCUCGCGCAUGCCCUAUUCUUCCGCCUCUGCCAACCCUAAAUCGCCUGACGCUGCUGAGGUGCAGUCACAUGACCUCCAACGCAAACCGGCACCUUUACCAGUGCCUCCCUUAGAGCAUACUCUUCAAUUGUAUUUACAAACCAUUGCACCUUAUGCUACUCCUUCGGCACUCUCCCAACAACGCAAACUCGUUGAAGAUUUUGCCUCUACUCAAGGUCCUUUACUACAAAAGCGUCUCGAAGCUCGUGCUGCAUCGUGUCGUAAUUGGCUUUCUGAAUGGUGGGAUAACAAUGCUUAUUUGCGUGAUGUUGAACCGCUUGCUCCUUAUGUUUCGUACUUCUACACUCAUGCUGCUUUGCCCAAUUCACACAAUGCACUAAAACAGGACCCAUUGUUACUUGCCACUGCGUUUAUCGAUAUCAUUUCUGGGUUCCGUGAAACUCUUCGUGAUGGGAAAUUACCUACAGAACGGGCUCGUGAUGGUACACCAUUUUGCAUGGAUGGUUUCCGUCACAUGUUCAACACUUGUCGUGUACCUCAUCCUACUGACCCUAAUGCUGAUUCCACAGCAGCUCUUGAUUUGCAUGAUCCUCAAGGUCAUCAUAUCAUUAUAGCAUUCCGUGGGGGGUUCUACAAGCUCAACACUCAUGAUGAAUCUGGGCAACGUUUCCACCCUAACGUAAUUUGGCAACAAUUAUACGCUAUUGUCAGAGGAACUGCAAAUUCACCACUAAUCGGUAAACUCUCUGCCACAACUCGUGACAAAUCCCGUAGAGCAUUUACUUUACUUUCUCAAGACCCAGAAAGUGCAUCAUCUCUUGAUUCUAUCAUCAAAUCUGCAUUUGUAAUUUGUCUAGAUUUGGAUUCUCAUCCAAUAACCACUCACGAAAAAUCCAAACAAGUUUGGUUGGCAAAUGGAGAUGCCACUAACAGAUUAUAUCAAAAACCUUUACAAUUCAUCAUCACAGGUAACGGAGCUUCGGGUUGUAUAAAUGAACAUUCAAGAAUGGACGGUACUCCAACUUUAUUUAUUAACGAAUACUUGCAAAGAAAAUUACGUUCAUUAGACGCUACACAAUAUAAAAAUACAGUAUUCACCACUCAAGACACUUCACUCGAUUCUCCACUACCUUUGCCCUUCUUACAAACUCCAGAACUCACUUCUUUAAUUCAACAAGCCCAUACUGAAUAUGCCGUAAAUUGUUCAGAAUUGAAAUUUAAUGUUUGGCAAUACCAUGGGUUUGGUAAAUCUAGUGUCAAGAAGUGGGGGUUCUCUCCAGAUUCAUUCCUACAACAAAUGAUCCAAUUAGCCAUCUAUCGUCUCUUACAUCGUCAAUUCCCCACCUAUGAAGCUGCAUCAACACGUCGUUUCGAUUUAGGCCGUACAGAAGCCACACGUUCAGUAUCUGUGCAAAACGCCUUACUUUGUCGUGAUUGGAAUAAUCCACAAAUCCCAGUGGCUACACAACUCUCACAUUUACAAUCUGCUAUCAAAACUCAUUCUGCAUACUCUAAAAUAGCUGCCUCAGGUAUGGCUAUUGAUCGUCAUUUCUUGGGAUUACAAAAUUUGAUUCCCCCCGAUGAAAAACCUCAUGCUCUCUUUAAUGACCCAUUAUUCAAAUUCUCAAAGACAUGGUACAUCUCUACGUCUCAAUUAUCUUCAGAAUUCCUAGAUGGUUAUGGUUGGGCUCCAGUUAAUGAUAACGGGUUGGGUCUUGCCUAUAUGAUUAAUAAUGAUUGGUUCCAUAUAAACAUCUCUACAAAGUUGGCAAAGAGUGGUAUUAACCCAGACCAUCUCGCAACUUGUUUGACUCAAGUCUUUAAUGAAGCCAAACAAAGAUUGAAUGAUCUAAAGGCAAAAUUAUAA